AGACACACACUGUAUGGCAUUGAACAGUUGGGAAACUAAACAUUUGGGAUCCCUGCUAAGUUAACAAGCAGUUUUAUAAAAAUCAUUUGAACACCACUCGGUUUGUAAAAAGCUAAUCAACGGUAUCCAGUACAGAGCUUAAUAGUAACUGUAUGCUUUGAACAAUGAGACCUGGGUUCAAUCACUUGGGCGCUGAGGUACCUUCCCAGCAAUUCCUUAAAAUGUAAGACAACUGGACAAACAUGGGUGACUGGACAUUUCUGAGCAGAUUACUGGAGAAAGUGCAGUCCCAUUCCACAGCGGUUGGAAGGAUUUGGCUGACUGUACUGUUUGUCUUCAGGAUUUUAGUACUGGGAGCUGGGGCCGAGAAGGUCUGGGGUGAUGAACAGUCUGGGUUUAUCUGCAACACGCAACAACCUGGUUGCAAGACUGUCUGUUACGACAGUGCUUUCCCCAUCUCCCACAUCCGCUACUGGGUCCUUCAGAUCAUCUUUGUCUCAACUCCAACAUUAGUCUAUCUCGGGCACGUUUUGCAUGUGAUUGGAAAGGAAGCAAAACAUAGGCAGAAUAAGCAGAGUGAAAGUGAAUAUGAGGGACUGAUCUUCAUGAAAGCCAAGAAGUUACCAAAAUAUACAGAUGAACAGGGAAAAGUCAGAAUUCGAGGAUGUUUGCUGGGCAGUUACCUGACUAAUGUCACUUGCAAAAUAUUGUUGGAGGUGGCAUUCAUUGUAGGCCAGUGGUAUCUCUAUGGCUUCACACUUGAACCCAUGUUUUUGUGUAACAGGGAGCCCUGUCCUCACUAUGUAGAAUGCUUCAUUUCACGUCCCACUGAGAAGUCCAUUUUUAUUGUGUUUAUGUUUGUGGUAGCCUGUGUGUCCCUGGCUUUAAACCUCAUUGAAAUAUUGUUCCUCUGUGGGAGUAGGAUUAGAGAUAGCACAAAAAAAUGGAAUCAGCACCAGAUUGAUGACCUAAAACACACUUCUGAAAGGAUUUCAGAUUUUAGAGCAGCUCCCCUUUCUGACAUUGACUUUUCCAGUAAAGAGGACCUCAUGUCUCAGAACAGGAUGAACUAUAAGUUUGAGCAGAAUGGGGAGAAGUUGGAGAGCGAGUUCAGUAAAAGUGUUGGUGGAGAGGAGCAGGAGAAGGAGCCAGGAGCUGAACAAGAACAACCCAUUACAGGGGAACCUCAGAUAGUCAUCCACAGCUCUGAAGGAAGCAUGGAAAGUGUACUAGUAGAGAAUUGUUUAAGGAAAGAUAGAUAUAUUUAAGACAAUAAGGCAGCCCAUAUAUAUGGUUUCUCUUUUUAGAAUGUGAUUCUAUUUCAUAAAGAACCUACAAUGAUAAAACAGAAUGCACAAUAAAAGAAGGAUGUUAAUAAAAAAAUAAACAAAAGGCUAUAGUGUUCGAAGUAUCUAAUUGUCAUAAUUGCUAAAACAUUAGGUUAAAAUUUAAACCAACUGUUAGCUGUUAUUCUUUUAUUUUCUUUUUUCAAUAAAUGAUAAAUUACAUAAAUAUUAUGUUUAUUUUUAGGCAGCAUUAUGAAUAAAAUAAUUAAUAAAAUAUAAAAGUCUUCAUACUAACCACAGGAGUAAUGUUUACAGUAUAUAUACUGUCAAUAUGUGCUUAUUUGUGUAAUAAUAUGUGCUUAUUUGUGUAAUAAUAUGUGCUUAUUUGUGUAAUAAUAUGUGCUUACUUGUGUAAUAAUAUGUGCUAAUGUGAGUUACUUACCUAUGUCCCAUGUGACAGCUUUGUGGUCUCUUAUUCUGAUUAACAAAAAUGUAAUUAUUUUCAAAUUAUAAAAUAAAAAUGGAUCAUGG